GCCAGUGCCGAGCCUGUAGCCAACCUGGGAAGGAGUGUUGAAUAUUAAAAGUAAACUGGUCCUCUGCAUCCUUAUCACUGACUCAAUCACCGUCGUAGAAUGUAUGACAACCCCCGGAACGCUUCGUAAAGGAAUUAUCAGCGAAGAUUAAGUUAUUAGUGAUAGCGUAGACCAGCAACCUUAUCAUUAUCGUCCCUCUCAAUAUCUCAAGACAAGCACUAUCUUCUCUCGACUCCUGUUAGUUACCGAGAAAGCCAGUGAGAGUUAAGAGUCAAAACAGACCAUUUCAGAGACACAAAACAAACCAUUUCAGAGACUCAAAACAGACCAUUUCAGAGACUCAAAACAGACCAUUUCAGAGACUCAAAACAGACCAUUUCAGAGCCUCAAAACAGCCAUUUCAGAGACUCAAAACAUUCCGUUUCGCAAACAUGUUUCGGAAGUACAUGUUAAUAACGUGUCUCCUCCUGGCCACUGGCGUCUCUUUAAGCCUCGCUGCCGGAAAUACGAUAAAAGCCCAAAGGAAAAUUCACAGUAAUGUUUCCCGACCUCCGAACGUUAUCAUUUUGUAUGCCGAUGACCUCGGGUUCGGUGACCUUAGCUUCUCAGGUCAUCCGACUUCCAGAACGCCUCAUAUCGAUCAACUAGCGGCCAAUGGGAGGUUCUUCAAUCAGUUCUACGUCACGAGUCCUGUCUGCAGUCCUUCGAGAGCUGCCCUCCUGACCGGCCGUCUUCAGGUGAGGAGCGGCGUGUACCCAGGUGUGUUUACCCCCGACAACACCUUGGGUCUUCCGCUCAACGAGACCACGAUAGCGCGGCUUCUCCAGCGGCAGGGUUACCGCACCAUGAUCAUCGGCAAGUGGCACCUGGGCGUGGGUGCCAAGAGCCAAUACCUCCCGACGCACUUUGGCUUUGAUGAAUACUACGGCGUGCCUUACUCCCACGACAUGUGCCCCUGCCGCGUCUGCUUUCCUGACGGAGGGAGUUGCUUCGAUAACUGCUGGGAACAGGAUGUGUCCUGCCCCCUGUUCAGCAACACAACUAUCUUGGAACAGCCUGUGUCUCUGCCAACCCUCUCGAGCCGCUACUUAAACCGAGCUCUUGGCUUCAUCAGCGACGCUCAUCACAAGAACCAGUCCUUCUUUCUCUACUUCCCGACGCAUCAGAUCCACCACCCACAAUUCGCGUCCAAGAAAUUCCACGGGAAGAGCGACCGAGGCAGAACCGGGGACGCUCUGCUGGAGUUGGACUGGAUGGCGGGCGAGAUAACGCUGCUCUUGAGGAAACUUAGGAUCGAUUCGUCGACGAUUCUGUGGUUCGCUUCGGAUAAUGGACCCAGCCUGACCCGCCACGAGCGAGGGGGGUGCGCGGGGCCCUUGCGCUGUGGGAAGGGGACGACGUGGGAGGGCGGCGUCAGGGUCCCGUCCUUCGUUUCCUGGCCAGGGAAGGUCAGGCCAGGUCGGACGAAUGGGCUGGUGUCAGCUCUCGACGUCCUGCCAACCCUGGCCGCUCUGACCAACGCUGACACAUCCAACCUGACUCUGGAUGGUGUGGAUGUUUCCUCUCUCCUUUGGUCACCGGAUAAUAAGAGCCCAAGGGAGAUGUUCCCGGUGUACUCCGAGGCGCCGACGAGGUCCACCGAUCCCUUCGCUGUCACGGACGGCAAGUUCAAGGCCCACUUCUACACCAAGGGGUCAGAUCUGUCUGACGCCAGCAAUUACGACCCGAUGUGUCCUCAGCGCCACCCUCUCACGCGCCACGACCCGCCUCUGCUCUUCGACAUCCAGCAGGACCCCGGGGAGCGUUACAACCUUGCGAACGACACCCUCUACCAGCCGGUACUACAAGCCUUAACAAAAUGGAGAAACGAACACAUCGCCAACGUGACGUGGAUGCCUCCUCGCACUCGCGCCCUCAACGCCCGCGCCCAGCCUUGUUGCACGGCGUCAUCUUGCAACCCCUUCCCCGGGUGCUGUGACUGUCCGAGCGCCCCUCUCAACCCCCCAGAGAGGCUCGGUGUCUCAAAGCCUAUAAAGAAGAGUCACGUUCGUCAGCCAGCGAACUAGAUAUAUUUGGAUGGUCAUUUCUCUCUCUCUUCAUCUUUAUUACUGUUGUCUUUCAUUGCUACGCUGUUUUGCAGGAAGUGUGUUGGGAUGCCUUACCCGUGUUAACCUCCUUACAAGUGUUUGCCAAUUGAAUAUAGCCUUUCAUUUGGAUAAUUGAGACACCUUUGGUUAAUUUGUGUGACCUGGCAUGGCGUGUCACGGAAAUCAUGCAGUCUCGAAAAUGAUUCAUUGCAAGGAUAAAUAUUUCACAAAGGGUUUACAAAAUGUUUGAACUAAUGAUGAUUUAAAAUGGCAAUUGCAAAUAAAUAAUUGCCUUCA